AUGGCCUAUCUUGCCCGCACUCUCCCAAAAAGGGUCUUUGCCCCUUCUCUGACCCAAUCAAUCCACCAAACACGAGCAAUCAGCACAGCAACCCUCCAAUCUACACCAACCCGCACAACGCAACACACACCAACAAACCAACCCCGACACCCCCUCCCCCACCGAAGCUACCACUCAGCCCUCCAUGCUAGGCUCCCAGACCACUCCUACACAAACUCCCAAACAGCAAUCCUCACCUCUGCGCUAGCCCACGUCCCCACGCACGGCUUCUCCGCCACAGCCCUGACCCUCGGCGCUCGCGACGCCGGCUUCCUCGACGUCUCGGUACAGCUGCUCCCGCGUGGCGAAUUCGACCUUAUCCUGUUCUGGCUUGCUAGUCGACGAGGUCUGCUACGCGGUGAAGUCGAGGGGGGCGAGUUAUUCCGGCGCAUUGCGGCGGAGAAGGGGAAGGAUGUUCAUGAGCUUGGUGUUGAGGAGAGAGUGAGGGGACUUCUUUUGGAGAGGUUGAGGAUGAAUGCGGAGGUUAAGGAUGUUUGGCAGGAUGCUCUUGCUCAAAUGUCCCUUCUUGCGAAUAUCCCCCUCUCUCUUACAGAACUGCAUGCCCUCGCUUCGGAUAUUCUUACUCUUUCUGGUGAUGACUCUGUUGAUGCGACUUGGUACACGCGCCGUCUCGCAGUGUCAGCUAUCUAUGCCAGUGCGGAGGUUGUUAUGACCCGUGACCCGACGCCGGACCUGGCGGACACGGCGGCGUUUGUGGAGCGCCGCUUUGAGGACCGGAAGGCGCUUGCGGAUAAGAUCACUGGCAUUGGACAGUGUGCUGGGUUUGGGUGGAAUACUGCCAUUGGGCUGGGACGAAGCUGGGGGUUGAAGAUUUGA